CCACUUACUGUUAUUCAUACUAUGGACGCAUUCGCAUCCAUCGCCUCGCAGUUUUACCCAUCGAACGAUGGUUUCUCAGGGGAUUCCGACGGACUCCCCGUUGACCAUGAACAUAAACCAGAGCUACCUGGUAUAUUUUGCGUCAUUGCUUGAUGUCGAUCGUUGCUUUUGCGACAUCAUUGAGCUUGCGACUACCGUCUAUUCAUCUUCUCUCACCAUCAAUCUCGUGUACAUUCCACUCUUUUGUCGUCGUUUUCCAGUCGUGGGAUAUCCUGAAGGGAUGUCGCUUGUACAACAGUUCACCGAGCUUCCGACUACCGCCUAUUCAUCUUCUCUCACCAUCAAUCUCAAUCUCGUGUACCGUCCACUCUUUUGUCGUCGUUUUCCAGUCGUGGGAUGUGCUGAAGUGACUAUUGAAGCAGCACCACAAUCACACUCGGUGACCAAUAGACAGGGAACAGCGCCCGCGAAAGCGGCCGAGUACGCGUUAUAUAUUAUGCAAUUCGCUAGCACAUAUGCAUGAUCCUGUUUAUGAAAGUCAUCUCAUCUUCGAAGGGCGGCGCGUCUAAAACGGCCGGCGGGAACGGCGGACUGAUGGGGGUACGCCUCACAUCAGGGCAUUCGCGCGCCCAAGUGCAUCGGGGACACUGGGGGUCCCCUAGACUAGUUUUCCUCCUUAUAGUACUACUCUCCAUAUGACAUGAAAAUGGAUAUAUAUGUAUAUGUAUAUAAAGACAAGGAACAGGCUGAGACUGGCACGUCGGCACAAAUAAAAAUACAACUUUCCGUA